CACAUUUUGUAUAGAGAUCAGAUUUUUGUGUGGAAACCCUACAUAAUACGAUCAUUAAAGAAUAAUAAUUAGAAGUCAAGUACUAUUGGACACUAGUAUCAACGUGAACCAGCUAUGUCAGGGGAGUUUGUGAAGGCUGGUUACUUGGUAAAGAGUCCCCCACAGUUCAAACCCUUGUCCCAAUGGCAAAAAAGAUGGUUCAUUCUACUGGACUCAAAGCUUGUCUAUCCUCUAUCAGCUCGCUACGUGCGGCUAGAAUACUACCAGAGUCAUCAGUAUGCAGAGAAGCUAGCAAAUCCCAAAGGGGUCAUCAACAUGAAUUCGUGCACCCAGGUUAUAAGUCGUGAGCCCAUCAAAGGUCAUGAGCACGUGUUUGACGUGCACACAAAGGAGAGGGUGUAUCAUCUGGUGGCAGAGUCAGGGAAUGACAAACAAGACUGGGUGGACACUCUCAAUGCACAUGCACAACUGUUCACUGAGCAAGACUUGAGCUCUGUUCGGAUCCUCCCCAGAAACUGGACAGUUUUCACUGACACAGAAGCAAAGAAGCCAGUCUACCAGAACAAGACAAGAACAAAUGAUACACUCUCCACACCACCUGGAUAUCCCCUCUACCAAACCUUUGCACACCCUGACGUCACUUUCUAUGAUGAGCCUCAAAAGAAAGAGUUCACCUCCAGUGGUGGACAUGCUGACUUUAACAAUGGAGUUGAAGUGACUGUUCGAGCUAACGCUUUUCCUCCAGGAACCUCUGUAGGCAUUAAAGUCCAACCCAGCCUUGCCCCCAAGGAUGUGUUUGUUAUGCCUGAGGGCAUUCAGUCUGCAAGUCCAUCUUACUUGAUCUCGAGUGAAGGUCUAGACGGAGAGGUGACCCUGACCAUGGAGCAUCAUAUACGAGUGUCCACCCAACAAGAAGCUAACGACCUCCUCUUUCUCCAAGCUGACUUGUUUCCCAAGAGAUCCGGCUCCAAGAUUGUCUACGUGUACCGGGAGGUACCAGAGGGCAAGUCAGAGUUUACUCCUGGAGGAAAUAAGGGGAGACUUACGCUGGUCACACGACUGAAGAACUUCUUCAAAGUUGGUCAGAGAAAGAGAGUAGGGGCGACUGACAGUAACCUCUACACUGUCAGAGUCUACCGGUCUCCUCCACAGACAACUGGGGACAGGAUAGUCAUCAUUGGAGUCUGUCUCUUUGGGAGCCUUUAUACUAAGUUUCUGGAGACACUUGAUAAUGUGUUGAUCCCACGAGACUAUCCUGAAGUGUCUUCAAAGUCAAUUGACAAGACGAUUCUAGGAUCACUGACGUUUAUUGAGAUGUAUGCCACCCUCAACAGACCCCUAGUACAUGGGUGGUCUGUGGAACCAGACAAGGAAACGAUCUCCCGUAGUGAAGUGGAUCAACCUGAGACGGAGAACUUCAGAGCCGAGGAUCUCCACGACUACCCUCCCAGGAUAGUAUGCAGGUUCUUCCCUGACGAAAAUGCUCCCAAGAAAACCAUUUGUACCAUCUCCUUGUCUGGAUUGCUGCCCCAAGCCAAAUUUCAUCUAGAAUUAAAAGCACCCACCCCCAAAGGUGUCGUGGAUACUACUAAACUUCAGGAAGCUACUGAAGGACUGAGGAUAACAGUUAGUGAGAUGACCACCUCACAGCUUGGCUCUACUGUGGAGAGUGUAAUUUCACUAAUGGAGACUAUGACAACUGCACUUCAGUCAUCUUCUCUGAGGGAUCUGGCUGCCCACACUGACUCCAUACGGGCAGAGAUAGCGUCUGUCGUUGUAGUAACCAGGAGGGUUGUUGAUGAGUGCUCAAUACGGAGCAUCAGUGAGAACAUUGUAGCCGGUCUCUCUAAGGUGGAGACUUUAUCUCACCAGCUUUAUCUAGUGGCCAAGGUCAAACUCAAACACUGUCAAAACCAGUCAGAGGAGACAGCUGCUCUUGUUGACCUGGUUGAGAAUGGAGCAAAUCUGUUGAGAAGUGUGGACUCUCUACUCAAGGACAUUCAUACACUCAGUGGAUUCAGUGGUAACGCUGGGUACAAUGUGCUAGUGAGGUGCAGUGAGAAGAUAGUCGAGUCACUCUCCCAAGAGCCCAAAGCCAUAGCUGUUCGUUUGCUAUCAGUCGGACUCAUCACUGAGCGUGUGUUGCAAGAGACUAACCAGCUGAACGAGAUCAAUGCUGACAAAGCCAACAGAUUGUUCACUGCCCUGCUGGGUGUGGUCAAACACCACCCCCACAAGUACCAUGAGUUUUUCUCCACCCUCAAACUCAACCCACUGCACACUGACUUGAUUAGAGAAUUAGAUAGUAAGUAGUCAACAACAUAUCUGCUGAUGAAAUACUUUUACUGUGGAGACCUGACAGAAAUAUGUUGUUGCAACAUCUAA